CGUCGCAGCUGCUCCUCCAAGCUGACUAACAGACCUGCUUGUACAUCUGUCCGAUUGCUUGAUUAAGCAGGCCGUCCACAAAGAAAAUAAGAGGCUCCUCUCUGAUUCUCAGAAGUCACUGGAGCUCUUAUGGAUUCUUUUUCUUGCAGGCAUGGAGGAAAAGGAGAACAGAUGAAGAGAUUCUGCUCAAAAGUGUGAGAGUGUUCCAGGAGCUGUCAUCAACUCGCUCCAGCCUUACAGAGACAAGCAAUGCCGGCAGGAAUGAAUAAGAAUGGAUCUCCAUCUACUACCUCUUUGCCUCCAGAUCCCAUGGAGAUUGUCAGGAGCAAGGCAUGCUCCCGAAGGGUCAAGCUUAAUGUGGGGGGCUUGGCUCAUGAAGUUUUAUGGAGAACCUUGGACAGGUUGCCACGGACAAGGUUGGGUAAACUCAGAGAUUGCAAUACCCAUGAAUUGCUGAUGGAUAUAUGUGAUGACUACAACUUAGAGGAGAAUGAGUAUUUCUUCGACAGACAUCCGGGGGCAUUUACGUCCAUCUUGAACUUUUACCGCACGGGCAAGCUGCACAUGAUGGAGGAAAUGUGUGCCUUGUCCUUCAGCCAAGAACUGGACUAUUGGGGGAUUGAUGAGAUCUAUCUGGAGUCCUGCUGCCAGGCGAGAUACCACCAGAAAAAGGAGCAAAUGAAUGAGGAGCUCAAGAGAGAAGCUGAAACAAUGCGAGAGAGGGAAGGAGAGGAAUUUGAUAACACCUGCUGUGCAGAGAAGAGGAAAAAGCUCUGGGACCUUCUGGAAAAGCCCAAUUCUUCUGUAGCGGCCAAGAUUCUGGCAAUCAUUUCCAUCAUGUUCAUCGUCCUCUCUACGAUUGCCUUGUCACUCAACACUCUUCCUGAACUCCAAGGCACGGAUGAAUAUGAUCAUCCCACAGAUAAUCCCCAGCUAGCCCAUGUGGAGGCAGUGUGCAUUGCAUGGUUUACAAUGGAAUAUCUCUUACGCUUCCUCUCUUCUCCUAAGAAGUGGAAGUUUUUCAAAGGUCCACUGAAUGCUAUUGAUUUACUAGCCAUCUUGCCCUAUUACGUCACCAUCUUCCUCACAGAAUCAAACAAAAGUGUGCUUCAAUUCCAGAAUGUGCGCAGGGUGGUUCAAAUAUUUCGUAUCAUGAGGAUACUACGAAUUCUGAAGCUAGCCAGGCACUCCACUGGUUUGCAAUCCCUGGGAUUUACCUUGAGGAGAAGCUACAAUGAGCUUGGAUUGCUCAUUUUGUUUUUGGCCAUGGGCAUCAUGAUCUUUUCAAGCUUAGUGUUUUUUGCAGAAAAAGAUGAGGAAGAUACAAAAUUCAAGAGCAUCCCAGCGUCCUUUUGGUGGGCAACCAUAACUAUGACAACGGUGGGCUACGGAGAUAUCUAUCCUAAAACACUCUUAGGUAAGAUUGUUGGUGGUUUGUGCUGUAUUGCAGGGGUCUUAGUGAUUGCCCUUCCUAUCCCAAUCAUUGUAAAUAACUUUUCCGAGUUCUACAAAGAACAGAAGAGGCAGGAAAAAGCUAUUAAACGCAGAGAAGCACUUGAAAGAGCAAAAAGAAAUGGAAGCAUUGUGUCUAUGAAUAUGAAGGAUGCUUUUGCCCGUAGUGUAGAACUAAUGGACAUUGUUGUUGAAAAGAAGGGAGAAAAUGCAGGCAAAAAGGAUAAGGUUCAAGACAAUCAUUUAUCCCCGAGCAAGUGGAAAUGGGCCAAGAGAUCGCUUUCUGAAACUAGCUCUAACAAAUCAUUAGAGACAAAAGAGCAAGGGUCACCAGAAAAGGCUCGCUCUUCUUCCAGUCCUCAGCACCUGAAUGUUCAACAGUUGGAAGACGUGUACAACAAAAUGGCAAAAGCACAGUCACAGCCCAACCUCAAUUUGAAGGAGCCAAGUCAACCCACCAAGCAAAAGGAGGAACUAGAAAUGGAGGCCAUGCCUGGGCCUAUGGUCCCUUUGCUAACCACUCGGGCAGAUGGAAUAGUUGAUAUGAGGAGCAUGUCAAGCAUUGACAGCUAUAUCAGCUGUGCUACAGAUUUUCCUGACUCUGGGAGGUAUUCUCAUAGCCCAUUAACUGCAUUGCCUAGCAAAGGUGGGAAAAAUCCACUUCAAGAUCCAUGUAGGCCGGAUGGAAGUGGAGCCAAAUUCAUGGAGAUAAAACCACAUCGAGAAAGUGGACAUUGUUCUACUUUUUUCAUAGAAAGCCCCAGAAGCUCCAUAAAAGUCACCAAUCCUCUCAAAUUAAGAUCUUUGAAGGUUAAUUUUAUGGAAGAGGAUGCCACAGGAUCAACAGCAUCAAGUGUCCUAAGAAUAUAUCCAGAUUCUCUCAAGAACCGAGGAGCAACUGGUGCUGCUACAGAUAGUUCUGGACACUCUGACCGGUCUUUAAUGAGUCCAGAAACUUCUGUCUAUACUACUGCAAGUGCUAGAACUCCCACAAAAUCACCUGAGAAGCAGACAGCAGUAGUUUUCAACUUCCACGAUGCUGGGAUACAUAAAUAUAUUGACGCCGACACUGAUGAUGAAGGUCAGUUGCUGUAUGACUCAAGUCCUCCCAAAGCCCGACCAGGAACUACAAGCCCCAAAUACAGUAUUUCACACAGUGGCUACUUAAGGCAGAGGGACAAUGUGUAUAGAACAGAGAAGAAUCACUUAGAGACUACUGCUUUGCCCUCUUCCCCCAAGCUUGUAGGGCAAAACUGCCUUUAUUCCAUGGAAAAUAUCACUGGAAGAACCCAUGGUAAACAGGAGGCUAUCAAACUAGAUAAUCACAUUUCACCCAAGAUUCACAUAUUGCCAGGUGGAGGAGGACAUGGUAACACACAGGAUCAAAAUAUCUGAUGCGUGCCCUGGGACUAUUGUUGACAGCUGAAAAGGAAUGCCUUUAUGCUCAACACACAAAGAAGAGCUUCUGCAUGGCAUGAACUUUUGACCAAAAUCACCCACCUGUUUCGCAAAGACAAGAGGAUGCUCUCAAGGUGGGUUUUGGGAUCAGAUCUCCUCUUGAUCCAUUACAGCAUUGUUGCCCCCAGACUAGCUACAGCCAUCAAGUGAAAUGAAGAUUGUGCAUCUUGGUUCUAAUUUGAUCUCUUUUCACCUUCCUUUAUCAAAAGCAGCGUGACCAAAUACUCCGUUCACUCUCCCUUUUUGGCAGACUCAUUUAUGGCAAUGCCAGUAUGUGAUUAGCAUUACCCACUUAAAGGAGGCCGAAGGAGUCACAGUCAAAUACAAACUCGUAGAUGUGAUGUAGUAAUCGAAAAUGCAGCUGGUUUUGCUUAGGGGCAAUUCUUCCAAACAUCCCCAUAGAGUAUAUGCCUUUUUCUCUGAUGGAGGCAAGGUCUAAAGGUAACAGGGCGGGCAUGGUAGGUUUAUGGUUACAUUGCAAAUUCAGUGACUCAAGAAAUAAACUUGUUAAAUUA